GUAUCUCAUUAGUUAGUACACCCAAUAGGAGAGGCAGACUGUAACACAAAUACUGGAGUUACUGUACUUCGUUCUGCCAAGUUUUUGUCUCCUGAUUGUCUCCAUUCAGGGAUUUCCCAACCUGAAGCUGGCAACCCUAUCUGAUGACAGCUCCAUGACUUCUGAGUUGCUCAAGCUGGCUUCAGUGGCUUCCCUGUCCCCUUCACCAAGAAGAGAUGGGACAAACAAACUGGGAUUUUUCCCAUGCUGCUUCUUGCCAACUUUGGUGCUUUGUGAAAGGAAGUUGUCCCCAAAUUAUCAGAAAACAGCAUACUAUGCGCCAUCUGUGGAUCAAAUGGAUAGCAAUCCAGGUGUGGCUCAUUAUGGCUGAUGGAGUACGCAUGUUGCCAACAAAAGCACCAUUAUUUUACAACAAUCCCUUUGUAGUCCUCUGGAAUGCACCAACUGAACAAUGCCGUCUGCGCUACAACGUGGAUUUACAUCUUGAUGUUUUUGACAUCAUAUCAAAUGUUAAUGAGACUCUGAGUGGGUCCAGUGUGACAAUAUUUUACCAUACUCAUUUGGGGUACUAUCCCCAUUUUUCGGGUGAUGGAGAUCCCAUCAAUGGAGGGAUCCCACAAAAUGAGAAUCUUACCAGGCAUCUCACCAAAGCCAAGGCUGAUAUUAACCAAAUCAUACCUGUGAGGAAGUUCCGUGGACUUGCAGUCAUUGACUGGGAAAACUGGAGACCCCAGUGGGACAGAAAUUGGGGUCAUAAGAGGAUUUACCGAAAUAAGUCUCUUGAACUUGUCAGAAAGCGGCAUCCACACUGGUCAGAGGACAAAAUCAGAAGAGCUGCUAAGAAUGAAUUUGAAAAUUCAGGGAAAAAAUUUAUGAACAGUACCCUUCGUCUGGCUGAACACAUGAGAUCAAAUGGGCUGUGGGGUUACUAUCUGUACCCAGACUGUUAUAACUAUGAUUACAAGGACAAUCCAGCCAACUACACUGGUGAAUGUCCAGCUAUUGAAACAUCACGUAAUGAUGAGCUGCUUUGGUUAUGGAAGGAAAGUACAGCCCUGUAUCCUUCCAUAUAUUUGGAUUCCCUAUUGAAGUCAAGCCCAAAUGCUUUGAAAUUUGUGAGGUAUCGGGUUAAAGAAGCAUUACGUAUUGCAUCAAUUGCUAGAAAAGACUACACCUUACCUGUUUUUGUUUACUCUAGGCCAUUUUAUGCCUAUACAUUUGAUCUUUUAACAGAGGAAGACCUGGAAAAUACUAUUGGUGAGAGUGCUGCACAGGGGGCAGCAGGAGUUGUCCUUUGGGGAAGCAUCAAAUAUGCCAGCUCCAGAGAUAGCUGUACAGUUGUAAAAGAUUAUAUAGAUGGUGCCUUGGGACAUUACAUCCUUAAUGUGACCUCUGCGGCUAAGCUAUGCAGUAAAGUUCUCUGCAAGAAGAAUGGGAGAUGCAUUCGUAAAACUGGCAAACCAAAUGCCUAUCUGUAUUUGCCUUCUGACAGUUUUAAGAUGAGCCUCAAUGCCUCAAGGAGGAAAAUGCUUGUGAGUGGGAGAUUGAAAAAAGAAGAUGAAAAGAAUAUGAGACAGAGAUUCAGGUGCCAGUGUUACAAGGGCUGGAUGGGUGAUUUUUGUGAGCUGCCUGUUUUCCAAAAAGGGGGCAAAUAUAUUGCUGACAAAAGCAAAACAGAUCUAUUUCCAUAUUCAAAAUUUUAUGACCAAAAUCUUGUUGAAACAUGGUAUUCCAGUCAAGCAUCUGCCAAAAUCCAGAAAACCAUGUAUUAAAUAUGAAAUGACAUUCUUGGGAAUGUAGUUUGAUUUAUAGUGCUCUAAUCAGCUAUCUUACUGUGAUAUCAACAACUUGAGCUUUCCUUAGAGUGAUUAGAACUGUGGAAUAGUUCUAGUUUACAGCUACUCCCUGAGAUGGAGGAGCAGUAUAGAAAUCUAAUAAAAUAAAAAAAUAAAUUAAAAUAAGGUCAUUCAUUUCAACGAACUUAGUCUGAAAGAACUCUGCAUAUGUUUGCACUGUAAAUGUCUUCAGCCACAGAAUAGUUGAUGCAGGCAAUAUUGGUUGCUAAAGCCUGGUCAGUAAUUCUGGUACAUUUUUGAAAUAUCAUGAACAACACGUAGGCAGUAUAUCUGUCUGUAUGCACAUCUUCUCCUGCAUGAGUCUGCAGGUUCUAUAAGCUCUUGUUCUUUACUUGUGAAUUUUUCUUUUAUACAUAGUGUUCCUCCAGCAAUGGCAAUUAGUCUGAUUAGCAAAUGCUGUAGACAGGGUUACAUUCCGUUACUCUAUCACAGUGGUCCCCAACCUUGUUGAACUUGUAGGAACGUUUGGAUUUUGAGAAGAUAGCCGCAUAAGAUCUCCACUACAAUAUAUUCACAAAUGACACUAGGAAAACACAGAUCAUUCAUUACUCAUCCAUGAGAUUAUAGAGAACCUCCAUAUUCCCAGGUAGCAAACCUCUGCAACCCAGUGCUAGGAAGCAGGAUCAGUAGAAGACUUUGGCCUCUGUGCCCUGUUUGGUCCUUCAGGGCAACUGGUUGACUGUGUGUGAAACAAGUUACAGAACUAGAUGGACCACUGUUCUGAUCCAGCAGGGCUGUUAUGAGGUUCUUAGAACAGCUUUACACUAUCCACAUUCCGACUAUAUCACAAGGAAAAAGCAAGAGCCGCAAUUGCACAUCCCAAGCAACACAUUACCAUAUCUUCAGCUUGCCAAUUUGCAGAAUAUUAAUGGAUUAAACAUUUUCAAGAUAAUCCAGAAAACAUCCAUUUUACAGAAGAGUGAUUGAAGUUGAACAUCUUUUGUGUAAAAGACAGUGAAUCUAUGGCAGAAAAUAUCAGAAUAAUGCAGAUUGGUCAUUCAAGAAAGUAAGACUUGUUAAAUACUCAUAUAGUUCCUCCAUGCAUACUGAUUAUCUCGCUGUCUCACACUAGCCCUUCCACAGAAGUCUCCAACUACUUGUUAUUUCUGUCUCAUUUCUUCUCUUUUAUACAUGCAUAGCCUUAUACUCCCUUCUCCUGCUGCUGGCUUCCUCAGUCUUCCCGCUCUGGACAGCAAAGUGUUACUUGCAAGAGCAAACAGCUGUGGACUUGACAAGAAAGAAACCCACCUCAAGACUAGCAUGCUUGCCUGCUAGUGUUUGGAUGAUUCUACUACUGCUUAUAGGGUGAAUGGGCUGUGGUGAAGGGGACUGGUGCUGCUACUGCAAGUAUGCUGGCACUACAGCAAAGCCCCAUCAGACAGUUGCCCCUGUGGUGAUCCAGAGAUCAUCUAGCCAUACUGUCCACAAAUAAAUCCUUUUCUCUGAGUUUGUGAACCCUAAACCAGCCAGUGAGGUGCCUGUGAGGCUAAAAAAGCGAUGAAGGAUCAAGGGUUGUGAGUAGUCAUAGCCCAGAAAAAAAUAGACAUUGAUUCUUAUUCUGUCUUAAAGAGAUAAGUUUCAUAAUUCCUUACACUACAGUGAAGGAAAUGUACCCAAUGAGAUACUGAGCUGCAAGAAAGACAGAGUAUGGUUUUAAGCUUUGACAAGAUAAAAAAAAUCCAAGAGUAUUCAUUUUUCAGCCUUGUCUUCAUUGGUUGUGGCAGCUUAGUCAUGGAAAAUCCAGAGACUCAGGAAGAGACUAAUGGAAAUGGUGGUGAAAGAAAAAAACUAACAAACUAGGAGUGGGGAUGGGGGAGCUUGAGCCCAAGGUACUCCUUAGAGGGGGGCACAGGCAAAGCCCCCUACACUGAUUGAUCUGCAAUUGGGGCAGCAGAAACAGCCAUGCUUCUACUGCCUGCCUCUUCCCUCACCAUACACAGAGAGAGAGGGAGGGAGGAAAGAGAGCCAAAGGGGGCAGAGGCAAGGCCCACAAGGGCCAUCUGGCCAAUCCUGUGCCCUCUUGUCCUCCCAGGCAAUCAGGAGCUGGCCCUGUGAGCUAUUAGUAGUUUCAACUACUAUACAUGGGUUCUCUCUGCUCUGGUGCUGGUGCUGUGGCUGUCUCUACAGUUGUCUCAGCAGCACCCUGUAGCUAUUUGUCCUUGCUUGCCUGGAUA